AUGUGUGCAUUCCAAAUCUGCUACUUCCUUUUAAGUUAUUAUCGUCCAUCCCUCUGGUUGGACGCGGCCCCGUCAAAAUACCUAGCGGUGGUAACGAUAUUUGUCACUCGGAUAUCCGUGCGUUCGCCGCGCGUCGUCGGCAUCCUCCCUCGCCACGUUGCGACGCAAACCCCAUUUCACCUCACCCUACUUCACGAAUUCGUUCUAUCAUCCCAAGACGUUGAACAAAAAGACGCAAAGCCACAGAGUCAGAUUCGGCGAGGCGACGGUACAACGUUGCAGAAGUAUGUUAGGUUUACGCCACCCGUGGCUUGGGCAAGUCGUCGUGGAGAAGGAUAUGAACGUCAGCUGUCGGACCGCCUCAUUUCCGCGCACUUACUCAGUUCUCCCCCGCUCAUUCGCACAAACGGCGACUGGGUUCACGUUGAUCUAGAUGUAUCAGUUGAGUUCUCUUCUAGAUUGCGCAACACAGCCAACCCACGCACGUGGGCUCCUAUCCAUUCUGAUGGGCACUUGUCUCGCUACUUGCCAGUGUUUUAUCUUGCGCAUCCCAUCUUCGACAUCAUGGAAACGAUACUGCCAAUAUUCUGUCUGUGUCUUAUACCGCUCUCCAUACGCUAUUUCUCCAGCUCCUCUCAGAUCUCUCCUUCGGCCGCAGAACUUAUAUUCUUGAUAAGCGCCUUUUUUCUCCUGAGACCUCCCGUUACCUCAAGUCUUAUCUUUGGUACGCAGAAUACUCUAUCCAACUUGGAAAGUAUAGUCACUCAAGCUUUACAUUCAAGAGUAUUUGGCGGCCACCUCAUGAAAUUUGUAUAUCAUCUGCUGGGCAUACAAGAGGAUCUUCUCGACUUUGCUAGAAGGUGCGGUCGCACCUCGUGUGGGUUAGGAGACGAGCUCGAGGACGAUAUAGAAUCCCAGAUGCAUGCCAACACCCCACCAACCUAUGAGGACCUAUCAACACCACCCCGAAUUUAUGAAAAAUAA